UCUUUACCGGAACUUGCUAGCUUGCCAUCUCUCGGCUUGUGUGACCUGUGGUGUCCUCCAACAGCCCAGCCACUGAUAACCAUAAAGAAAGACUGAAAUAAUGGUCUUUGAAGAGAAGAUGAUUAUGAACGGAGAACCUGAAGACGAGGAAGAAGAGGAGGAAGAAGAGGAGGAAAUGGUGGAUCCCCUUGAAGCAGUGCGACAGAAGUGCGAGGCGUCGGAGCACUGCGUCCACGCUCAGGCGCGUCUGGAACAAUGUGAAACCAGAGUGGGCUCCCGCUCUGCGACAGACGAGGAUUGCACAGAGGAGCUGUUUGACUUCCUGCACGCCCGAGACCACUGCGUGGCGCACAAACUGUUCCAUUCUGUCAAAUAAAGCCGUGCGACAUCAGGACCAGGCGCUGCGAAAAUGCUUCAUAAACUGUACUGUCAGAAGAACUUGAUAUUCAUUCGUCCAUAUGUGGAUCUGAUGUAUGCUGUUGAUUUGAAAUGUAUAACUUGUCUUCUCCUGUGAAGAGGUACUUAACAAUGUACAUACUUUCAAAUAAAUGUCAUGGAAUUGGCUCGAGGAACAA